AUGCAUGCACUUGGUGGGCCUGGACAAGUAUUUAUUUCGGCAGCAGCUAUGGAUUUGGGUAGAGGGGGUGCAAAAGUUCCACCCACAAAUCUCUCAUACGGAAGAAAAAGCGCAGAAUUGAAUCUUUGGCGAGGAGAACAACUUGGGCAACUUCUCAUAUCAUUAAGAUAUUCACCAGCAGACGGGCAGCUAAAUAUUGGUGUUAUUCGUGCAAGCGGAGUAAAAGUGCCAGGCAUUCGAUAAUUUAUUUUCUUGUCAAAAAAUAUUUUUAUAGCCCCAUAUAUCGUUGCUUGGUUACUACGAGAAGCCCAGAGGCCUGAAAAGCGUUCCGGCCCACGCCGGCCAAAAGAUGGUCGUCGUUUCUCAAUUGCCCCAGUUUUUGAUGAAGUUUUUGAAUUCCAAAUAGCUUCAUCAGAAAUUCAAGACGCAACAAUUGUGAUUUCGGUAAUGAAUACAUGUACAGGAGGAAUACCAGACGUCGAAAUUGGUUACUGUGUGUUAGGGGAAUUGGCAAUUGAGGAAGCUGGAAGAGAACAUUGGCGACAAUCUACGGGGCAACCAGGGAAUGUAAUUACACGAUGGGCAACUUUAUUCUCUUCAUAAUUAAUAAAAUUAUGUUGGAAGAUUAAUUUAUUAGAAAGAAAAGGCCUCUCAUUUAA